UUCAGAGUCAAAAUGUCGCCAACCAAGCUGGUGGCCAAGCGCGCGCGGAAAGAGGCAGCGCAGUGGCUGCUGCCGCCGAUCGUGCAGCAGGUGGUCUAUUGCUUGGAGUCUGUCGAGGACGUGCUGGCCUUUCUCGACGCGGUGCCGCCCGACGCCUGCAACGAGGCCCUCGAUACGCUUCGAACGCUUGUCGAAAACGAUGCAUACUUGUGGCCGGUCCCCUCUGUGACCGAUUUGGCCAAGAUAGACGCGUCCAUUGUAUCAAAUGUGCUGCCGGCGCUCCACAUGGUACAAGUCGACAUCGACGAUGCUCUCACGGACUUUUGCCGGCGCACGCCGCUGCCGGCGACGACUCUUGUUCGCGCCGGCGUCAGCAGCGACCUGCAGUAUUUUCGGCUCAACGACGGCCACUGGAUCUCGAACAUUGAUAAUCUGGGUAUCUCGGUCAAGUGCACAUCGCUGGACACGAGCUUGCUACAGCAGACGCUCGCGGCGUGCACCAACCUCCAAACACUGGCGAUUGAGUGGGAAGACGCUAUCGAUCAAGACCAUUUCGACAAGGUCAUGGCGGCCAUCACGGCCUCGUGCCCACGCCUCCCGAAUCUGAUUCUUGGUGCGGCCAAGCAUUUCACCUUGCCGCGCUGCGAGAGUCUUCUCGCCUGGCUCGCACGACCAAGUUCACGCAAAUUCGAGCUCAUUUGCAUAGACUUUGCGCCGCGCGCUGCCACAUCCUUGGCCAUUAAGAUGCUUUCGUCCACGACGCUCCAUACAUUGACAGUGUCCGAAGCACACCACGUCCUGACUUCGUGUCUCGAUCCGUCGGCACCACCGCUGCCCCGACAGCUGCGCCACCUGACGUUCGGAACGAAAAAAGGCUGGCGCGAUGUGGCGUCAUUUGCAGGCAAACUUGCGCCGUCGGCCAUCCAACGAUUGGAUCUUCGUUUUGGGACAUCCCUUGAUAUCUCUUCGAUCAUGGCUGUUGUGCCGCCAACUGUGAGAACGCUCAAACUCGACAAUGUCGGGACGGAUUUCUUCCCAGCGCUACCAGAGCUCCAAUACGUCCGACUGCGGCGUGCGACACUGGCAAACGAAGCCAUCGUCGCGCUCACGGCGUUACUCGCCACCUCGACAUCCCUUGUCCGACUUGAUUUGGAAGAUGCGACGUUGCCUGAAGACCAACUCCAGCUCAUCCAUUACGCUCUGCCGCGCUGGUUGAGUCGACAACAACACGCGUGCACCGCGCGCCUGCACGUGACUGAAGCGAACGUGGCGAUGCUUGCCGCCGUGAUGAUCAUGACGCGCAACACGCAGUUUGUGCACCUUGAGUUAUGCGAUGACGACGCUUGCGAGCUAGUAGCGCAGCGAAGCUUUGUGACGGCACUCGGGACGACUUCACGAAUGCGGUUGCGCUUGCUGACGGCGCUCUCAACGGAGGACGAAGUCGAAUUUGAAGAAUUUGCCCGAUUGCAUCACGUCGAGUGCGCACGCGGCUUGUUUCACUCGCCCAAAUGCACGCCUUGGAUGCCGCUUUAGUACGACAGGCAAGUAUCUGAUUCCUUUGUUAAUUGAUUGCAUUUCACGA